CAGAUGGGUAGCUAGGUGGCUAUAUUUAUAUAGGCCAUAAAGGCUACUACUAAUAUUAAUAAGGAUGCUAUAGAAAGCACCCGAAAAGUAGUUAGGUCUGAGAAGACGACUAGAAUGAGCAUGCAUCAUGAUUGUCGCAUAAUUGUCUCUUGUGCACUAAAAUGCUUCUCUCACCUUUAUUCCAAUAAUAAAAACUUGUGAAUAAUGUGUGUAUUGCCAUGAACUGCAAAAAAAAUGUCUUAUCCUGUGUGUCAUGAUAGUCUCGACUAGGUUGUGUUAUGUGCUUCUCUUGCCUUGCUAUCUAAGUGGUAUUGAAAUUGUUCAACCCUUUUUGCAAAAAAAAAUGUUGUUUGUUUGCUCAUGAAAAGACCCCCGCCCACACAACCUUGAGCUUAGCAAGUGAACCCUCUUUUUUUUUAAAAAAAAAUUUGCUUGUGUUGGCGUUUUCUAGCCCUUGUGUGUUGCACUAUUGAAAUUGCACCUGCACAACUUGUAGACCCCCAUAGCUUAACCGCUUGCCAAACCGAAACUUCCUUGUGCACGUGGUUUGGUAAAAAAAACAUCGUUUGGUGUCUAGUUGCGCAAACCAUGACCAAGCCAUGUUUCUUUCCGUAAAUCCUUGCUCCUAAAACUUCAUCGCAUUUCUGUUAAUCAUCCUGGCUGAUCCUGUUUGCCUACCUCUCCUUUUGCAUGGAUCUGGUGAUCUCUUUCCUUGUGAAUCAUGUUGUGGCUUUAUCAUCCGAAUCCCUGGACCCUUUAAUGAUUCUGCCCCGUUAUCAUGUUAUCUGCUAUAACCCGUUCUCAGGUAUCGGAUGUUGAUCUGCCUAAGUCUCUCAUUUCUGAUCAUUCUCAUACUCCUUCUCCGAGGAUCAUGACGUUGUUUUAUCAAAUUUUAUCCUUACACAGUAUAUCCAUUUAGUUCAAUGGAUGUUGCUGUUGUCUUUGGUUUCUGAUGUCUCUAAAAGCUCAUUAAUCAUGAUCUCUUGAGUGCUUCAUUCUCGUAUCUCAUCUCGUACUAAUCUCUGACCUGAUAAUCUCCGUAUUAAUCAUAAAAUAAUUCUCUGAGUUGAAGAAAGUUCUUAUGUGAUGCUCUUUUUCCAACAAUCUCUGCUUCAACUCUGAUCACAUUCUUAUUUUCUGGGCCAUACUCUCAUGGGCUCCAUCUAUUUAUGUCACGUGGAUUUAUCGUUGGUUGCGUCUGGUAAUGGUGUUAUGACUAAACGACUGAUGGUGCCGCGACGAAACCGAGAGCCUCUUGUGGGCGCGCACACAAGGUUGAGCUGCUCGGUACGCGCUGGUAUCGCGGUUAAUAGUUGUGAUCCAUUAUAAGACUACACCGAUGUGCUAUCUUUUGUGGACACUCUCAGAAUGAUCGCUGCAUUUUGUCUCGAUAUGUCGCGAUGUUCUAACCAAAUCUGUCUUCAGUAUCUUGUCAGAUACCCUCUCAUGAAUUUGCAUCUAUCUUCAGUCUGGGAGUUACAUGCUUCUCCGCCCUUAAAUAUCCUCAUUCGAAUCUCGGGACGAGAUUCUUUUUAAGGGGGGAAGGCUGUGACACCCCAGGUGUUAGUUUCGUGUUACGUCGCGAGAUUUGUCCUAAUCUCGGAUGCUCAGUAAAAAUUUUCUAUUUUUCGCUCGCCUAUGUCCCUAAUUAUCCAGAUUAUUCAUUCACGUUUCACCGAAUUCGGAGUUACUCAGUCUCACAGAAGGCCAAUUUUGGAGCCUGUUAAAACUUUUGUUUCUCGGCACGAAUGCGAACUCGGUAAUCAUUCUCAAUUUAUCAAACUCAUAUAAGGCUCAUUUAAUCAAACGCUCGACAGCUGCUAGUCGAGCUGUGUCCGACUCCGAUUUCUCGAUGUUCGAUCUAUGUCCAAAAAUUAAUCCGACUCCGUACUCUCACACGGAAUACUCAGUACGUCGUCCUCUAAUUAAUUCUUACUCGACUCAGCCAAAUAUCUUAUGUCCGAACCGAAUUCAAAACCCCGUAUCGACAGCGUUUUUAAAAUGUCACGAUUCGCCUUCUCCGACUAAAAAUCCGAAAGCCGAUCAAAUCUCAGGAUGAUUUAUUUUCGAAUCACGCGUAGGAAAUUAUGUUCGAGCGAAAUCAAAUUAGACUCUCGGUCGAAUUAAUCGCUCAAUCAUCCGUUCGCUGAAGCUCUAAUUCGCUCUGUUCUCUGUCGAAACGAAUUCCGCGGGAGCAUUUUUAUUCGGAAAAAUAAAUUAGCGCGACCCGAUUGGGUAUUUUGGGCCAAGCCCAUUCAGGCCCAAUAGGCCCACUAAGGAAACCCUAACCCUACCUCAUGGCUAUAAAUAGCAGCCCUCUCUCCUUGCACUUGGUUAUUUUGCACUCCCACCCCUCAAAAAUUUUCAGCCGCCACCAGCAGCCUUCUCUUCCUCCCCACGUCUCCUUCCUCCUCUUGCCGUGCAGCAGCAAGCACCUCCCUGGCUUCCCUUGCGCAGGGGGCUUUCUUCUCCAUGGGCGCUGGCCAAGAUCACCCCAUGGCGCUUGGCUCCCUGGAACACAGCAGCACGCCAGCGCAGGGCCUUCCCAUGGCUGCGAGCUCCUUCUCCCGGCGAGCGGCUGCAGCAGGGGGUCGUCUCCUCCAUGGCGCGGACGAACUACCUCCCUGCAGGCAAGCAGCAGCCCCCUCAGCUCCUUCUAUGGCGCCCAGUCUGCAUGCACGACCGAGAUCCAUCAGUUCCUAUGUUCCCCAUGGCCGAGCUCGCCCCAUGGACUUGGCUCCUUGGUUCUUCUUUCACGUACGCGCCCUCUCCAACCUGCAGCACGUCCCCUGCUCCACGGCCAGCAGGAAGCCAGCGCCCCUCUGCAGCUCGGCUUCUCCUCUCCCAUGGCCGAGGCCGAGCUUCCCUGGUGCAGGCGCCCCCUUUUCUUCCACCUCUGGCCGGUCUUUUCUGCGCAGCAAGCCGCGCGCAGCAGCAGCAUUGUUCUUCGCCUUGCGUCGUCGUCGAGCUUCGCCACUCUCCUCCCCAUGACCCGCAGCCCUCGCACCCUCUACCCUCCCCAAAAACAGCAAGCCCCCAGCAGCCCCGGAUUCCCUCCGUGUCGCUUGCAUGCCACCCGCUCGAUGUAUUGCGCAGCCACAUUGUCGCUGCUCGCUGCCCGUCAACGUGCAGCCCUUCUGUUUUCUCCAUUGGCACAGCAGCCCCGUCGUCUCCGCGCGCUGCCGGCUCGCUGUUUUGUGGAGCCAAUGGACAGCACGCCGUGAUGCCCGCCGUGUGUUCGCUGUUUUUGCACAGCCCCAAACAUCGACGUCGUUCACCCCGGAGGAGAGAACCCCGUGUUUUGCGUGGAGAAGGCAAGCCGCUCGACGCUCGUCGAUGUCGUAGCGAUGCACAAAUCGGAAUCACCGUCGUUCUUGCAAACGCCGAUUGGGUUUGUUUAUGGACCGAGAGGUGACGACCGUGCAAGUGAUGUGGUGCCAACCACAAGCUGCAGUUGGUGGACGUACGGAAGGAUGGUGGACUUAACCAGUGGAUGCUCGCCAAGCGAGUACCUCCCCCAGCAAACACUAUCUAAGUGUCAAACUAAAGGUACCUCCUUGCUUUGGUUGUUGGUGUGACUUGACCUUCAUCCCUGCCACCGGGAUAGACGGUCGAGUGGGUUACUGCUUCCGCAGGAGAGGACCAGGAGGAGUAGCGUGGCCAGGCUUCGCCAUGUUACUCGGUUUUCUCCGUUAGUUAUCUCCGCUGCAUUAAAAUUUAUGAUUAUUAUUUCUGAAACUCCGAUAAUGUAAUCACUAAUGAUACUUAUUAAAUUUGUGGUAUUAUGCUU